GCAGUUCCGCCAGGUCCAGAACAACCUAAUGCGAAAUUCUUCAACAGAAAAAAUUGAACCAAGGGAACUGGACCCCAUCCUGACUGAGGUCACCCUGAUGAAUGCCCGCAGUGAACUAUACUUACGCUUUCUCAGGAAGAGGAUCAGCUCAGAUUUUGAGGUGGGGGACUCCAUGGCCUCAGAAGAAGUAAAGCAAGAGCACCAGAAGUGUCUGGACAAACUCCUCAAUAACUGCUUACUGAGCUGUACCAUGCAGGAGCUCAUUGGCUUGUAUAUUACCAUGGAGGAGUACUUCAUGAGGGAGACUGUCAAUAAGGCUGUGGCACUGGACACGUAUGAGAAGGGCCAGUUAACUUCCAGCAUGGUGGAUGACGUAUUCUACAUUGUUAAGAAAUGUAUUGGGCGAGCUCUGUCCAGUUCCAGCAUUGACUGCCUGUGUGCCAUGAUAAACCUCGCCACCACAGAGCUGGAGUCUGACUUCAGGGAUGUUUUGUGUAACAAGCUGCGCAUGGGCUUCCCAGCCACCACCUUACAGGACAUCCAGCGUGGGGUAACAAGUGCCGUAAACAUCAUGCACAGCAGCCUUCAGCAGGGCAAGUUUGACACAAAAGGCAUUGAGAGCACUGAUGAAGCCAAGCUGUCAUUCCUGGUGACUCUGAACAACGUGGAAGUCUGCAGUGAAAACAUCUCUACUCUGAAGAAGACGCUUGAGAGCGACUGCACCAAGCUGUUCAGCCAAGGUAUUGGAGGGGAGCAGGCCCAGGCCAAAUUUGACAGCUGCCUUUCUGACUUGGCUGCCGUGUCCAACAAAUUCCGAGACCUCCUGCAGGAAGGACUGGCAGAGCUCAACAGCACAGCCAUCAAACCGCAGGUGCAGCCUUGGAUCAACACCUUUCUGUCCAUCUCCCACAACAUUGAGGAGGAAGAGUUCAAUGACUAUGAAGCCAAUGACCCUUGGGUACAGCAGUUCAUCCUUAACCUGGAACAGCAAAUGGCGGAGUUCAAGGCCAGCCUCUCCCCAGUCAUCUAUGACAGACUGACUGGCCUCAUGACUAGCCUUGUUGCUGUUGAGUUGGAGAAAGUGGUGCUGAAAUCUACCUUCAACCGGCUGGGAGGUCUACAGUUUGACAAGGAGCUGAGGUCACUCAUCGCCUACCUUACCACAGUGACCACCUGGACCAUCCAAGACAAGUUCGCCCGGCUCUCCCAGAUGGCCACAGUCCUCAACCUGUAGCGAGUGACAGAGAUCCUAGACUACUGGGGUGCCAACUCUGGCCCGCUGACUUGGCGCCUCACCCCUGCUGAAGUGCGCCAGGUGCUGGCUCUGCGCAUAGACUUCCGCAGCGAGGACAUCAAGAGGCUGAGCCUGUAGCUGCAGGGUGGGCCCACACAGCCCAUCACACUGCAGGGCCUCUUCCCUAAGUAGCCAUGGUCAAGCAGCUGGGCAUGACUGUUUGGGUUCGGGGAUCUCUAGCCACAGGGAAAUAAGGCCUGGACACUGGCCACACACUGCCAUCAGAUGUGUCUGGGCGGUGUCCUUGGGGAAGCAUAGGCCAUCUCUGAGUGGCCACUCUCUCACCCUAAAAACAUUUUCCUCUCAGCCUUAGAGGGGGACCUGGAAUUAGGUUGGACUUCAACAAGAGGCUGUGUUUACAAACUCUGAAUAAAGACACUCCUGAAGA